AUGUUUCCGCGCACAACAAGGGUAGCUAAUCAUUGUGUUCCUUGUUUAGCUUUAGAAGCUUGGUUGAGACUUGAAAAAAUUCCUUUUCAUAGAAUUAGCAACCAAUUUAUGCUUGGAUCCAAAGAAAAUGAAGUCCCAUUUAUUCAAUAUAAUGGGGAAUAUUUUGGUGGAAUUAAAGAAAUUAUUUCAAAAUUAAAGCCUAGUGAACAACAAGAAAAUGAAUGUUUGAGUGUUGGAGAGUCAAUUAAGGAUGGGGGGUAUUCUUUAGGGUUUUCAUCAUCCCCUCUUAGUAGCUCCAUGAAUGAUGCAUCCUCUUUGGAAACUUUGUCUUCAUCAAAAAGCAUGGGGGCUUCGAGCAGUCCUUUACCGGGAUCAUUGUCUUCUCCAUCACCUACUUUAAAUUCACCAAGUUCUUCUAUUUCUUCAUUCUUCUCCUCUCCAUUUUCACCUCGUUCAUUACAAAAUUCACCAGUUGCACAUCACGCUAAAAAGCUUGCUAGAAACAAAACUUUCUCAAAUUUUCUUUCUAAAGCAACAUGUCUAUUGCAAUUAGACGAAGAAAGUGUAAAACAAAGAAAACUUGAAACUGUCAAAGGAAUUGAAGAUAGCAUUUGGGAAAUUUACAAGUAA